ACCUGUGUGCAGGUGUGGUCUGCAGACCAACCUUUGGCAUAACCAGGUUGUUUACAAAUGGUUGCAUGGAUUCUAUACAAAUAUAUACAAUGUAUAUACAUACAGUACACAAGUUCACGUGAGAGAAAAUUCACCAGCAUUUCGCAUUCCUUACUUCUAAAUUUCUUGUGAUCAUGUCCUAUGGAUAUCAGUCCAACUACUCGAGUGGCCCCCCACCGCCGCCUAGAGGAGGAGGGCCUUUCGGGUAUGCUGCUGCCUCCUCUGGUCCACCUCCCCCACCACCAUCGGGUUAUGGCUACCAGCAGCAGAGUGCCUAUAAUGUCAACUACUCACAAGGAGGCUACCAAUCUGUUUAUUCUAAUAGCGGAGCUGUACCUGGGUUCACCGUUCCUGCGGUUCAGAGUGUUCAGCAGCAGUACCAGACCGUCUACCAAGGACAUGCACCAGCCCCAUGCCAGAUGCCAUACGGCAUGCAUGUGAAGAAUAUGGACCAGCAGAUGCAGAGUGCCCAGAUGCAGCAGAUGCAGGCCAUGCAGCAGCAGUAUGCACGGAUGGCAAUGAGAGGGCAAAAGAAAAAGAGCAGAAAGUAUGAUGAUGAUGAUGAUGAUGAUUAUGACAGUGAGGAUGAUGAUGAGGAAGAGUACCGUUCAAAGGGUAAAAAGAAGGCUCCUAAAAAGCCUGUCACAAGUGAACAAAUCGCGGCCAAUACUGAUAUCAAGGCCGAGAUCAAGCGCAUGACGGUCGAUGAGCUGAUCCGGAGACAGACGUGUUCAGGCACGUUUGAGUUGACUGAAGGCACCGUGAAACCAUCGCCAAAGUAUGCAGCCGAGGACCCAGUGGUGAAGUUCUAUAGUACAGAGCGUUCAACUGACCUUGUUGGCAAGCCGUGGGACUCAGAAGCUGACUGCGAGUACUUGAGGAAGGCCAUGAAGGGGUUGGGAACGAAUGAGGAUGCGAUUAUUCAUGUUGUUGCCACCAGAUGCAAUGCACAGAGACAAGAGCUGAAGAAGAAAUUCAAGACCAUGUACGGAAGGGACCUGAUCGAUGACCUCCACAGUGAAUUGAGUGGCGACUUCAGGGAGUCAAUCAUGGCAUGUUUCGUAAAGCCAGCCGUCUAUGAUGCCUGGGCUAUCAAAGAGGCGAUCUACGGUUUGGGAACAGACGAGAAGACCCUGAUUGAGAUCUUGAUGACAAGGACCAAUGCACAGCUAGAAGAAAUGAAACAGGUCUAUCCCGAUGUUGCGAGUCCGAACAGGAAGAAAAAAGCCAACCUAAUUGAGCGAGAUAUAAAAGAUGACACAAGUGGAGAUUUCAAGCGUCUCAUGAUUGCUGCCGUCCAAGCCAACCGCAGCGAAAUCGGCCAAGAACAGUUGGAAAAAGCCGUCGAAGAGCAAAUGGUGAACGGUAAAGGAACGGGAAUAUUCAAUGUCAACUACCAGAAACUUGCUAAUAUCGAGGCAGCAAAGAGGGAUGCAAAUUUGCUUUUCAAAGCAGGUGAAGACAGAUGGGGAACAGAUGAAGAAACGUUUGUCCGUAUCUUUUCCACUCGAGAUUACUACCAGCUCCGAGAAAUCUGGAACCAGUAUGUCAAGAUAACACAGCGAGAUAUACUGAAUUCCAUUGAUAGAGAGACGUCUGGUGACUUCAAGAGAGGCCUGGCUGCCCUUGUUUGUAACAUCCGAUGCCGUCCGAUGUACUUUGCCCAGCGGCUACGUGAUGCCAUGAAGGGGCUCGGCACUGAUGACAAGACACUGAUCCGAGUUGUAGUUUCAAGAGCUGAAAUCGAUAUGGUUCAGAUCAAGCAAUGUUUCCUUGAAUUGACGAAGAAGACGCUCUGGAAGUGGAUCAAGGAGGACACCAGUGGUGACUACAAGAAAAUACUUCAGGCUAUCGUAGGGAAAGAUUAGAGAAAAAUAUAAAUGAACUGGCAUUCCAUGACAGUGUUGGCAUCAUCUCUUUCAGUUAAACCAGAUAAAACUUACUGUAAAGUCAAAUAUCGAUAUUGCUGCUUUGCCGUUUGAGCAACCCAGGCAAUAUUUGUCUAGAUGCUGAUGAGGCUAUAAGCGUAUCGCAAAAAAGAGUAUGGAAAAUGUUUCUCUAUGGUCCUUGAAUAAAUAGCUUUUAGAAGCCAUUGGCUUUCCUCAUUUAAGUUAUUGUAGGUUCUAUCCAUGGUUCUAUCCUUCUGUUAGCCUGUAGAAUGUCGUUAAAUGUUUACAUCUAUAUAUUGUCCACUCGUAGACAUCCUAACAGUAGGCCUUAAUACUGUAUAUGAUUUUGUCUAUUCUUCAGGGAUUUAUUUAAGUUAUUUGAAUUGAUCAUCCGUCCCUUUGCAAAAAAUGUGUUUGCAAAUAUUUCAUGAUCGCUGUGAUUGUUCCUAGUCUCUCAUCAAGUACUUUGCUGCUAAACAGUGAUUUGAAAUUGACUUCAGAUUGUCAGUCUUUUAAACUUAUUUUGAUGUUUGUUCCUAUUUUUAUAUCUUUAGUUAAAACAUGCUACAUGUUGGCCUGGCCUAUACAUGUAAAGCAUGAAAUGUUCGUAAUGAAACGAAAACAAAAUUCCACUGACCUUUUGAUAAAUAUUUAUUUUUGGACUUAAGUGCCGUGUAUUUUUUAUCAGUAAGGUUUUCCAUAAUGUUACUCGAUGAGGGUUUUUUUCUUUUUCAUGGUAGUAUGAGCGUUUUACCAUGAUCAAAAUUACAUGUAGGAAAGUCAAAUUGAGUUCAUGUAGUUCUCUGACGACACCUUUAUCCGUCCAAGCAAUACAUGACAUGCAAUGAUGUAUAAGUGUUAUUUAUUUGUUGUUAGACUAUUUGAUCAAUACGAGUCCUGUAGUAUAUGUAACCCAUCGUUCCAAAAUUGGUAGUCCCACAUGUAGAAUUCUUUUGACUAUCAAUAUCAAGACUACGUACAUACUGUUGAA